AUGUCUUCUAAUUCUCAGCCUUCUUUUCCAAUACACCUGUGUUUCUUUCUUCUGGCUCUGUUCAUGUUUGUAGGGUUCACUGAGUCUUUAUUCGAGGGUUUGUUUGAUCAGAUAAAACUGUUUCUUAUGUUGUCUCCAUUGCUGCUUCUACUCGUUUUGCAUUUGUAUUCUUCCUUGCAAGGGGCGUUUUCUUCAUUCAUCCCUUUCCCGGAGCAAUACGCGGUUCACCAGGCCGGCGGUACCCCGUGGGGAGUUGGGUUUCUGCUUGUGCUUCUGCUCUUUAUGAUCUCUUAUCAGUCGGAUUUACGAGAACGUUGGUUCCCUCUAUUGGGCAGAUGA